UCUCUCUCUCUCUCUCUCUCUCUCUCUCUCUCCAUGUCUCUCUGUCUCUCUCUUUCGCUCCUAGCUGUCCUGUAUCAGUAUUAGAGAGAGAUUCCCUCUCUCUUUCUCAGAGUCGCUCUCUUCUUCUUCUUCAUUACUCGCUUACACAUUUCCCCACCAUAUAUAUAACGACAUAUUUCCACAGAGGGCAAGAAGAAGGAGGAAGGAAGAAGGAAAGAAAAACAUGUUGCCCCCCCAUCUGGGCUUGUUCUUGACUUGGUGUGCCGUCCUUCUUGUUCUGGCUUCUGGGUCGUCCACGAACUUGCCCAUCAUUUCCUUCGAUGAAGGUUACACCCAGCUUUUCGGGGACAACAAUCUCGCUCUUCACGGGGAUGGCAAAGCAGUCCAUCUCUCCCUAGACGAACGCACAGGGUCUGGGUUUGCGUCUCAGGAUCUUUAUCUGCAUGGCUUCUUCAGUGCUUCCAUUAAGUUGCCUUCGGAUUACACUGCCGGAGUUGUGGUUGCUUUCUACAUGUCUAAUGGCGAUAUGUUCGAGAAGAACCACGAUGAGAUUGAUUUCGAGUUCCUGGGUAACAUUCGGGGAAAAGAUUGGAGGAUUCAGACUAAUAUCUAUGGCGAUGGAAGCACCGGCAUCGGCCGGGAAGAGAGAUAUGGCCUCUGGUUCGAUCCUGCCGAUGACUUCCAUCAGUACGGCAUCCUGUGGACCGACUCUCAGAUCAUAUUUUAUGUGGACAAUGUACCAAUCAGAGAAGUUAAGAGAACAGAGGCCAUGGGAGGCCAAUUCCCCUCUAAACCGAUGUCUUUGUAUGCCACAAUCUGGGAUGGCUCUAAUUGGGCCACAAAUGGCGGAAAAUACCGGGUGAACUACAAGUAUGCCCCCUACGUUGCCAAGUUCUCCGAUCUCGUCCUGCACGGCUGCGCAGUUGACCCGAUUGAGCACCAAUCGAGCUGUGAUGAUGUCCCAACUCAUAAGGCUAUCCCCCAGGGCAUCAGUCCCAGACAGAGGACGAAGAUGGAGUAUUUCCGGAAGAAGCACAUGACUUAUUCGUACUGCUAUGACCGGGCUCGGUACAAAGUCCCACCACCCGAGUGCGUGAUCAACCCAAGAGAAGCCGAGCAUCUCCGGGCUUUUGACCCCGUCACAUUUGGAGAUGGCAGGCACCACCGUCCCAAGCAUCACCGCCAGAGCCGGACAAGCCGAGCGGACGCCUCUCUGUGAGAGAUAAAUUUCCAUUCACCACUUGCAGCAUUUAUCUGGUCACCAUACCAUGCGAUUCAUGGCUUAUUUCCACUACAUUUUACCUACAGUUUGUUUAUCAUGCCUGGUCAAGUCUUUUUUUUUUUUUUUGCCUGUGAAUAGAAAGAUAAAUAGAGGAAGAGAGAAGGGGGGAGUGAAGGGGCACACAGAUUCAUCAUUGAAUUCAUAUGGGUUCUUGGGUGGGGGGGGGGGGGGUAUGUGUAUAGGUCAUGAUACCAAUAGAGUUUCCAGCCAUUUUGUCAUCUCAUAUAUGGACUUGUAUUUUCCCGUUUUUUUUGGCUGAAUUUGAAGAUUUGUACUGGUCUCUGUGACACCUCAUGGGUGGUUUCCAAAUAAAUAUACCUUUUGUCCUGGGUUAGGUA